AUGGGUUAUGCAAAUGCCUAUCCGAAUACUGCAGUGAACGGAUUCCGUAUUUACCUGAACGAAUCAGAACGUGGUCCAUUCACUGAAGGCUCAUUCACGUGGAUAUGGUCUGCUAUUCUCAAUGUCUACUUUCUUGGUUUCAUUACUGGGAGUAUCAUAGCCGUUCCGUUGGCUGAUCACAUUGGCAGAAAAUGGUGCCUGGUUUGCGGUAAUUCGACCAAUUUCGUGGCUGCUGUUCUAUCAACCGUCUCUAUUAUCUGGAUUUUUCCUGCACUGUUUGUUGUUAGCAGAAUAAUCUUCGCAGUCGGUGCUGCAGUUUCGAUGAACAGCUUAGUACUACUAUUGCAGGAGUCAGCCCCUGUUUCUCUACGUGGACUGAUGUCGUUUAAUGCUGAAAUGGCUUUCGUCGUAACGAAUAUGAUUGGAGCACUGGCUGGGAUGAGUAGUGUGCUUGGAACAAAGCUUGGUUGGCUUGUUGGGUUGGCAUGUAUUCCAGCAUUGCUCUCGAUCCUGAUGGCUCUGUAUUUCCCUGAUUCUCCACGAUUCCUCCUUGUGAAGAGAAAGAAACGAAAGCAGGCUGAGAAAUCUGUUGAAUUUUAUCAUGGCACUAGUAAGCACGACACUGCAAAGGUGCUUCUGUCGUAUGAAAAUGAAGGCAUUGAAACCAACGGUUCGGUUAAAGAGCUGCUUACUACGAAACAUGUGCGGUCGGGUCUUAUUUUAGGAGUCAUCGCGUUACAAGCUACCACGUCAAUUUGGCCUGUGAUAUAUUACUCAACAGAUUUCCUAAUUAGAGAGAAUAUCAAUCCUGAAACUGCUGAACUCACAUCUACUGUGAUGUUGUUCGUAAGCUGUAUAUCAACUGUCACUGGAAUGGUAGCCGUCGAACAUUAUCCACGCCGUCUACUGUUGCUCGCUUGCGGCUUUGCGAACAUGUCAGCACUGUCGCUUUUUGUGCUCAGCGCACAGCUUCAAAAUAUAUGGGAUAUAUGCAAAUACGGUUGUAUUGUUGCUGUCGUACUACAUGGUAUCACCUACAGCUUCGCCUUGGGCCCCAUAUCAUGGUUUAUCACGGCAGAGCUAGUGCCAUUGCAGUACCGGGCGCUAUGUCAAUCUAUGGCGCUUUCGUCUAAUCAGGCAAUCGCCUUCGUUCUUUGCUUUAUUACUCUACCACUCUACGACAAAGUUGGAUCGCUUGUCCUUCUGCCACUGUUUGUCAUUCCUGGCCUGAUGGCAAUGUUCUACCUUCUAUGCUUUCUACCAGAAACCCGUUCGAGAAGCAUUGACGAAGUGAUACUAGAACUCAAAGGAGUAGAUAAGUAUUCCAUUGAGCUAAGCGCUCAAGCCCAUUUGUGA